UAGGCCUUGCUCGGAGCCCGGAUGCGCCGCCAUGCCGACUCUCUCUAUCAGCGAAUGGAAUAAUUUAUUCACCAACCUGCCUGACUGACUGACACUGGGCGAACUAGAGGAGUUCACUGAACAAGUCGACCAGACAGUUUUGGGGGAGACAGAAGAGGAGCCUUUUACGGGCGGACAGACUAGCCCGGGUUGACCCGCGCUGCGUUUUAACUGGCGUGUUUGCGUUGCUAGCCAACGUUGUGUUGAUGUAGGGACACUUGAGAGCUAGCUACGUGCUAACGUUAGCUCCGAGUCGAGAGAGAGAGAGAGAGAGAGGGAGAGAGAGAGAGAGAGAGAGAGAGAGAGAGGUAGUGACAGUCCGGCCGGAGGCGGGGACAACUGUGAGAUCCAGAACAAUUUCCAUGUCUGCAGCAGUCCUGAAAACCAAAAGAGAUGUCUGUUGAUGAGGAUACUGUAAAAACUGGCAGUCCACAGGCCAGCUCAACUUCAUCUAUGCAGCUCUCAGAAUGUACCGGAGGUUACAGCAAUAUAUCUGUGAUGGUGGAGGGUACCGCAGCCACCCCUGAUUUUGCAGCUGCUUGUCCUGUCUCAGGCACCGAAGCCUCACCAAAACACACCAGCACAACUGACGCACUCACCCAAUCAGACGACGCCGGACAGGUAGCCAGAGGGAACGAGAAUAACAUCAAUCCCAGGAACAGCUUUCAUCAUUCCAAACAACCACAGCAAACAAAACUUACGAAGCGCCGCAACACUGCAAACUCUAGUUUCAAGCAUCCCACAUCUGGCAAGAGGAGACGAAGGGCCAACUCUGAGAGCGACUCCGUCCUGCCUACCAACUUCCUCUUGGGUGGGAACAUUUUUGACCCACUGAACCUCAACAGCCUGCUGGAUGAGGAGGUCAACAGGGCACUCAAUGCGGAGACGCCCAAAUCCUCACCGCUGCCGGCGAAGAGUCGAGACCCCGUGGAGAUCCUCAUCCCCAGAGACAUCACAGAUCCACUGAACCUGAACAGCGGGAUAGCAGACGGUAGCUUUUUGGUGUCCCCCUUCAAGAGUGGUGGCAGGAAGAGACACCGCAACAGACACCAUGGAGGAGGAGGCGGAGGUGGGGGUGGGAUUGGUGGUAGUGGGAUUUCAACCACACAGAUCAACCUGUCAGAAUCAGGAAAAAGUGAGGUCAAAACUGUCACCUCCACACCGCUUCCAGGUAUGUUAGCCUCAUGUUCUGCACUAGAGGUCUCCAAAGAGUCCAACAGUUUCUCCAGCAUCACAGGGGAUUCCCGCGAGCACUCAGCUGACAACUCAUCCAGCUGCAAGGAGGAGAUGACAUCUGUGUCUGUAGAGGAGUCCACUUCCUCCAUAUCGGGGGCACCAAACCAGCACACAAGCAGACGCAAGCGUAGGCGUAACUCUGGCAAAGUGGAGCCCCCUGUCACCCAUUCUACGCCAAUCGGAAAGUCUGUAUCAGGAGACAGGAGUUUUGGAACGGGGGGAUCGAGACAUUCCCAGUCCUUCCACACACCAAGGAGUGGUUCCAGAACAGGGCCAGGAGGUCGUCAGCACCAGCAGCCGCACAACCAAGCGAAGGAGCAACAGAAGAAGAAGUUCCAGUUUGGGAACUACAACAAGUAUUAUGGCUACCGUAACCCAGGCGCUAGUGAAGAUGCACGGGUACGUUUGCUUCGUCCAGAAUGGUUUGAAGGGAAAGACGUUCUGGAUUUGGGAUGCAACUCAGGCCACCUGACACUCUAUAUUGCCAAAAUGCUAAGACCCGCCCGCAUAUUGGGCCUGGAUAUUGACAGCGGUCUGGUACAUGCAGCUCGCAAGAACAUCAGACAUUACCUGUCUGAACUGCAGACCCAAGAGGCCAGGCAUGCGAUGCAGGAGAAAAAGAGCACCAAACAGGAGGAGAGGAAUGGAAACAAGAGUCUCACGGGCGCAGACAAGAAGCACAAUGAAGCCGAGAGCAGGGCUGAAAACGGGAAACCAGUGAAAGGACAAAGUGGCCCUGCAGAGGCUGUAAAUGACACUGACUCCUGUCGCACAGAUGAGGCAGGGACCCAGAGGCAGGAAGGCAAAACAGAGGAAACGGAGCAGGCAGAUUGUGAUUCAUCCCCCCCUGAUCACUCAGUGAGCUGCUCUUUUCCCGUGUCCCUACGGAUCUCCAGGGGGCCCAUCGCUGCACCUCCACUAACAGAAUCAUCCACCACGCGGCCCGGAGAGUUCCCCUCAAAUGUGUCCUUCAUCAAGGCCAAUUAUGUACUGGACAACGAUAAUCUUCUUUUGACUCAGCGGCCAGAGUACGACGUGAUCAUGUGCCUGAGCGUCACUAAAUGGGUUCACCUGAAUUGGGGAGACAGCGGCCUCAAGCGGCUCUUCAAGAGAGUCUACAGACAUCUCCGUCCUGGAGGCAUGUUCAUCCUGGAGCCGCAGCCCUGGGAGUCCUACGUGCGGAGGAAGAAGCUGACGGAUGAUAUCAGCAGGAAUUUUCACAGCAUCCGCCUCAAACCUGACCAGUUUGCAUCAUACCUCACAACAGAGGUGGGCUUCACCAGUUCCGAGUACCUUGGGGCCCCCAAGUGUUCAAUAAGAGGUUUUCAGAGGCCAAUUUACUUAUUUCACAAAUGACCGCUCCUGCCUUGAAGAUCGUUGAAUGUGAGUAGCCUAAGCCACCACCACCACACAUACAAGCCAGCCAGCUGCCCCGGACUGCAAGGAAUCAUCUGAGUCCUCAACAGCUACUCCAGCUUUUCAGACGCUGGAGAUGAAAUUCAGAGAGGAGAAUGGGACCAAAAGUGGAAUUAAUUUCGUAAAGAUGAGCUCUGUCGAAUCAGAAUCCUCCUUGACUACAAAUCCUUAAAAAGUAAUGGAGUGAACUCAGAUAGGACUCCACAAUGUGUAUAACCUGGAGCCAAACACCAUAGCUUGAUGGCCAGACUGUGGAAGAGGUGCUCAUUGAUCAUUUCCUUGGACUAUCCUUGUGCUAAUGAUGCUCCAGUGUGAUGCACGGCCAUAACAUGUGUUUGAAAAAUCUUUGGCCAUAUAUCUUUACUUUCAUAACUUUGUUCUGUGCCACCACAUCACCACACAUUAUACAUACUGUAUUAGGGUUGGGCGAUAGGUCAGACUUUUCCAAUUG